ACCGUUCACUUAAUUGAUAUGAAUUUACUGAAGAUAGGUGAAAAAUUGUAAUUCGUAAACCCUUGUAAUAUUUUGUGGCAUGGAAUGGUCAACAAUCGCAUUCACUUUUUAUUCAAAAGCGGAAUAUUUUUUUAAAUAUUGUUUACUAAAAAGGCAAGUUUACAAGUUAGAUGUAAACAGUAAAAAAACUUGACAUUUGAGAAAUGUCAAAAACACAUGGUAUUUAUUUGACGUUUGUUGACGAACAAAAAUACAACGCGCACCGCACCAGCACCAGUCACAUCACACCUGGCAGCUUGACGGUCUAAAGCAGACCAAGCUAAAAUAGUAUUUUUAAAGUAACUUCAGAUUUCUAAAUUAAAUUGUGAUGGCUGGAAGAGGACGAGGACGAGGAGGAAGCAACCUGUCACUAACACACGAUCAACUGCAAGCACUCGGCAUAGCAAGAGGUGAGAAUACACCACAAAAUGUGGCACCGCCUCCACUUUUUCCAAAACUUGAAGUUAAACCGCUACCAUUGCCUUCUGACGCAGCCACGGAUUACAUGUUGAUUGUGAAAGAACAGUUUAUUGAGUAUUUGCACGAGUCUCCGGCUUACGUUAGAAAAGAAGCCGAGUCAGAUGGCAUUGAACGAUAUUCGGAUAAGUACAAAAUGCUUGCUCUUAAUGCCAAGAAAGACAAAGUAUUAGAUUGUGUGUGGGCUAAUAUGCCACCAGAACUCAGGCCACAGGCGAAAAAAGUGCGUAAGGCGGCCGCGGCUGGUCCUAAACCGAAAUUAAGUAAUGCAGAAGCUAUAGCGAAAAGGUUGCAGACAUUAGAAAAGAAAGAAAUUCAAGAAGGUGAUGAAGCUAUGGAAACCAAUGAUAAUGAAGAGACUGUAAAUAACCAAGAAGUAAAUGAUGAUGAGGAAGUUGAAGAUGAACAUGAAGAAGAAUUUGAAAUAGACGAUGGAACAGAUUAUGCCAAUAACUAUUUUGAUAAUGGUGAGGACUAUGAUGAGGAAGAUGAUAAUCUUGAUGAUGGGCCUGUGUACUGAGCAGGUAUGUGGCUUUAAAGUACACCUACUUCCUAAGCCUUUUCUUAUUCAGUACAGUUCCAUUCAUCAUAAGGAACACUCGUACACAAUAAGUUUAGUGAUAGGUAAAUAUUUUGUAUCUCAUCAUUUUCUAUGACAUUAGACUCGACUGUAUGGUCUGUGAUAUUACAAUCAUAAUAAAUCUUUAAAUUAGUAAACAUGUGGUAUUUUUCUAUCAUAUUUCAAUGCUACAACCUUAUACAAGUGAGAAUAAUAUUGAGGGGUAACGG